AACGGCACAAAGUUAGUGUCUGAAAAUAAGAAACGGCAUCAGCCUAUGUUCUUAAACGGCCAUGGUCAAAUGAACCGGAUAUCAAUAAAUUAUAAAAACCGGUCAGAUGAAAUUAAGCAUUCAGAUCCCGAUAAGCAGUGUGACACUGAAACAGCGAAAGGAGCUCUCUCUCACUCCGAGGCGAUUUCUUCUGUCUCGACGAUCUUGCGCUUUUCACAUUUGAAUCCUCCAAUCCAUUACUUCUUCUCCGAUCUUUUAUUCCGGUGAUCCUUUGGAUUAUGAUUAUCGAGAUCCAUUGCUGCCUAUUUGAGUCUUGAAUCAUUUGUUUGCGUUCUCAUCUGUGCUUAGUUAUGUGAUUCUCCGAUAAGAUUUAGUUAUGUGAUUAAUGCAUGUAUGUAUCAAUCCGAAUUUUGGUGAUUCGUUGUCUAUUAUUAAAUACGUCAAUCUCCAUUUGUAAUCCCUGGUUGAAAUAAUAGCUAUCUUGUCAUGGAGAUCAUCAACAUUACAUUUACUACACUACACACAUAAUGUCACAUAUGAUCUUAGUAUAUGUACUCUUUUGUACCAGUGACUAGAACAACUGUGAGUGUGGGUUGAAGUUUUUAAUAUCUUGUUAAAAUCGAAAGUUUUUGACUCAGAUACUACUUGGUUUUGUUUUUGUCACUGUUUCAGGUACAUCUCAAGUCUUACAACAAUGUCUCCUGAUUCUUGUCCUUUGGUAAAGAAGAUUCUUCUUCUAGACUCUGAAGGAAAGCGUGUGGCUGUCAAGUAUUACUCGGAUGACUGGCCAACUAAUGCCGCCAAGUUAAGUUUUGAGAAGUAUGUAUUCUCAAAGACCUCUAAGACCAAUGCUCGUACAGAAGGUAAGACUACAUAACAUUUUUCAUCUACACAAUUUCUAUCAUGUUUCCUGACUUCGUGUAUGCUUAUAUACUUAUCUCUUUCAAAUAGCCAUAUCGAUGUUUUAUGUGCAGCUGAGAUCACACUGUUGGACAGCAAUAUUAUUGUCUAUAAGUUUGCCCAGGACCUUCACUUCUUUGUUACUGGAGGUGAAAAUGAAAACGAGCUCAUCUUAGCUUCUGUUCUUCAAGGCUUUUUUGAUGCUGUUGCACUUCUUCUGAGGAGCAAUGUGGAAAAGAUGGAAGCCCUUGAGAACUUGGAUCUCAUCUUUCUAUGCCUUGAUGAAAUGGUCGAUCAAGGGGUGGUUCUUGAAACGGAUCCAAACGUCAUUGCGGGGAAAGUAGCAAUGCAGAGCACAGAAGCUAGUGGUUCACUCUCUGAACAGACACUAACACAAGCGCUAGCAACAGCUCGGGAGCAUCUGGCAAGAAGUCUGCUUACAUGAGUUCCAUCAUGGCGACACAAUAAUAGAAGCAUGGACUUCAAUUUCUAUGUUGAGCAACUUUUUAUUUUUGAGUCUUUCGGUUUGAAAGUCUCUAAUAAUUGAAUUCUGCAAACAAACUCUUAAAGUUUGGUAGUAAAGGUUUGAUUAUAUAUAUAGCUUUGUGCAAUGCAUGAAUGUUUUUGGAGAGUGGAAUUUUAUUACUCUAAUUGAAGUCUAAA